AUGGACCUGGCUAUCACGAAGGAGCUGGCCCACGCGGACAGCCAGCAGGACACAGCCUCACUCAGAAGAGCCUAUGAACUGAUCAAGUCCGCCAACCGCGGCAAGUCCGAGUUUGACCCCUCAGAAAGCUUCAGCCCUGACUUGUUUGUUCUGUGUGCUGAGCAGGCCCUCAAGAUGGGGCAGCCGGAGAUGAGUGAGGACUGUAUUCAGAUGUACUUCAGGGUGAAAGGGCCGGUCACCCAGUUCCUCGGCCGAGCGCACCUAUGCAGGGCCCAGCUGUGCGCCCCCAAGUCCUCUGACAACCUGGAGGAGUUUGAGAACUGCGUGACUCAGUACAUGAAGGCUAUAAACUUCGCAAAAGGAGAGCCACGGUACUACUUCCUGGUGUUCAACGCCUCUGUCCUCUACUGGCGAAUGGUGAGGCCGUUCCUGAAGCCCGGCUUCCGCCACCACGUGAUCCCCAGCCUCUUCCAGAUUGUGCACGUGCUAAAUCAGACUGACGAGGAAGAUAAGGACUGGCGCGCGGAGCUCAUGCUGGAGCUCCUCGAGUGUUACCUGGAGGCUGGCAGGAAGGAGGAGGCAGCCAAGUUCUGCUGCUCGGCCGCACCGUUCAUCAAAGCACACGUGCCCCAGCGGUACCGACAUCUGUACUCCAUGAUGGUGCGGCACGAAUUAAUGGAUGAUCUACAGUUACAGGAAGAAAAGAAAAAUUCCAUCAGCCUGUCCAUCUCUUACAACAUUAGCAUGCUGAAAGCAAAACUGAAUAAAAAUGAGUUACCAGAAGACGCGAGCAGAAUCCUGAAGACGGCCCAUAAGCAUCUGGGUUUCUACAACCACCAACGCUUUCCUUCCAUCAGAGAUGAAAAGAUGCUCCUGCUCUUUGAAUUGGCUCGUCUCUCCUUGACCUUGAAGUGCGAGGAGAUCUCUGCUGACUGCCUCUCAGACCUGAAGAAAAUGGACAGCCAAGACCCUGGGAAGCUGAUAGAAAUCGAGUGUCUGGAGUGCGAACUGGAAGCUUUGAAGCUGGAAAGCAGAUUCAAAGUCUACACCCGGGCGGCUGUUGAGGCCCAGCUGAACAUCGUGAAGAGACUGGAUGUGCUGCUGCAGCGUGCGGUCCGCCUGGGGGACGCACGUGUUGUCCACGUGGUGUGCGCCACCCUGUGGGAUGCCUGCCUGCCCCUGCUGCAGCACAACUUGCGGCACCACCUGCGGAAGCCUCUGGGCAGCAUUGCAGAGGUCCUGGAGAAGGUGGACAGCCUCAUGACCCUACUGCGCUGCCAAGUGCACAUGGAGCUGGCAUACAUCGAGGAGGAUGAGGACCGGCUGGAGCCCGCCAUGCAGCAUCUGCAGAAGGCCAUGGGCCUCGACAGCUUGGGCCUCUACCAGGACAGGCUCCAGAUGGCUGCAAACCGGCUGCGCCUGUGUACCAUGCUGUACCAGUGCCCAGAGCGUGCAGAGGACAAGGCCAUCCUGGCCAUCGAGCAGGCCAAGAAAGUCACCCUCAAGGACAGUGUCAGGAAGCAGCGAGCCCUCCUGGUGAACGCGGGGUUGGCCUUGGCGCCCGACACCUUCCAGAUUGUGCUGGACAGUGAGAAUGAGGCUAAAGUGUCCACUGGAAAGAACAGAGGCCGGUUCACCUACCUGUUCGCGAAGGCACGGCACCACAUGAUCAGUGUGGACAAGGCGGCGGGACACCUGCGGCGCCUGGGGCAUGAAAAUGACAAAGAGAGGAUAGAGAUCUGGAUGGAGCUCUCCAAGGUUGCCCGAAAGCAGGGAGUGUGGGAUGUCUGUCGGGCAGCGAGCCGCUUCUGUCUGCUCUAUGACAACAUCAAGGCGAGGAGACCACUGAGGGUGCGAAAAGGAAAGAAGAAGAAAGGUGGGGAGGGGCCCACUCAGGACUCCAGGGCUGUACCAGAGGCUUCCCUACAGCAGCAGCUGCUGCCCGACCUGCUGAGGGGGUUUGCGGAGGUGGGAUUCAUCAACGCCGAGGCCACUGUCCACUUGCUGCGGUCAGAAGGUGUGGAGCUGAAUGACCCACCUGUUCCUCCUGAGGAUUUGAGCCAACACCCGGCUGGCUAUGUGCCAGAGGCCCCAGAGACAAGCACAGAAUGGAUCACGUAUAGGACCUGGAUAGAAAGCCUGUCGCAGUACGCCAUGAGCAACUGGCUGCGCUCGGCAGAAAUCGGCCAGGAGAUAGGAGAAGCUUGGAUUGUGCAGAAUGCCAUGGUCUACGUCCUGAACCACAACCGCCACCUCAUCGAGGCAGGGCGACAGAAGGAGCUGGUGGAGGCCCUGUACCACCUGCUGAACAUCGUCAGGGACACAGGCCACAACGGGGAUGUGCAGACCUUGGCUGUGCUGUGCAGUGCCUUGGCACGAGGCCUUAUCAUCAGUUGGAUCCCAACCCAGACACCAGAGAAGUCCAAGAAGCUGGGGCGGCCCAUCAUGCAGCAUACCACGCUGGACUCGGGAGCCACCAAUGAUAUCAGGACAGCAGUGGAGGUCUGCGAGUUUGCCCUGAACCUCAUGGAUGGGAGUGGCUCUGAGGAGGUGGUGUGCAUGAGCACACGGCAGCAGUUGGUGGCCACCUGGGUGAAGGCCAAGCAGCUACAGCAGCAGCAGAUAGGGCCACGGCUGGGCCCUGAAGGGCAGAGCAUGCCCGAGGAUGUCAACGCCGUGACCAGAGUGCUCGUGGCCUUAGAAAUGUACUCAUGCAAUGGGCAGGGCCUCCUGGACUUCAGUGUGCCUCCCCUGGCCCAGGUGGUGAAGAUGGCUUCCGAGUGCAACUGGUUGGACCCCCUGGUAGAGCUGCAGGCUCUGACCCGGCUAGCCCACUUCGCCUUUGCAGCCCAUGACCACGAGGCCGCCAUGGCCUGUGCCCACAGGGCCAUGGAGAUGGGCAUCAAGUACCUGCGGAUGCUUGGUCCGGUCGAGGCCCGGCUUAUGGCAGAGAUGCUGAGCACCGCGGCAGGCAUCCAGGGCAGGAGCAUCAUGGAGAACCUGAAGGGCAGGAAGCAAGUGCGGCUGGUGGCGGCCAAGGCCUUCAUGGAGAGUGCCAGGUUUGGGAGCAUUGCAGGCAACAGUGCCCUGGUGAUGCUGGCCGCGCGGCAGUACUGGAAUGCCUGGCUGCCUUUCCUGUCCUCAGCAGUCAGCAGGAAGAAGGCCAAGGGUGCCAUCCAGCGGAUCAUCAACCUCAUCAACAAGACGGAAGCCAAACCGCAGGAGAAGGGCAAGACGCUGCUGCUGCACCAGUGGCCAACGGCGGACUUCCAGGUGGCGGGGACCCCAGAGGGCAGCUUCCUCCCAGCCGCUGAGGAUGACCUCUCGCUCCGUGUGGCCCUCUAUGGCCUGCUCUUCCACUGCCAUGCAGACCAGGAUGACUGGGAGGGUGGCCUCAAGGUGCUGGACGAGGCUGUGCAGCUGCUGCCACGGACAGCCCACCGCCUCCUGAUUUUCAAGCACAUGGUCAUUGUCAAGGCCAAGCUCGGCCAGAACUUCAUGAUGGAAAUGCAGAAAUUCAAAGAUGAAAGUGAAGACUACUUGGCACACAUGUGGCACCGCUUGGCCCAGAACUCCAAGAGCAUGCACAGCCAGCUCACCUGCUACCAGAAUGCUGUCCAGGCGCUGCAGAAGCCUGAGAGUGAGUGGCAGAAGGUGGACUACAUCGUGGAGUUCAGCGAGUGGCUUUACAGCAGACAUUUCCCCGUGGAGGACGCUGUGCUCCACCUGCGCUGGGCCAUUAACAUGCUGCUGGCCAUGAAGCCAACUGGGGAUGUCCCCAUGCGAGAGCCAGAGCCGGGGCUGGAUGGGCCAUGCUCAUCCACCCAGGUGGCCCCAGAAAACCCAGUGGUCGAGGACUUGGAGACGGCGUCCUUGGAAAAGCUGCGGCAUGUGAGGCAGCUGGAGAUGCUGGCCCGCACCCAUAUCCUGCUGGCCCUGAUGGUGUCCCCCGGCUCUGCUGACCACAGGGAUGCCUGCCUCAUGGCCUAUACCUUCCUCAGGCAUGUCUGGCAGGUUUCCCUGUCAACGGCAGGAAAACUCAUCUCAGAAACCCGGGUGGUGGCCGUGACCAGCUCCCAUGUGCUGCCGUCAAAGAAGGAGAAGGAAGAGGAGAAGGGCAGGAGUGGGAAGCAGCCCCAGGUCCCGGCUCCCAGCAGACAGCCGGAAGAGCUGCCUAGCAGCAUUGAGGAGUGGGCCUCUUACUCAUGUCCAGAGGAGCUGUUGGCGGUAUUCAGACAGGACAAGAGCGACUUCACCAUCAACUCCUUUACUAUCCAGAAGCCAACGUACAGUUUGUAUUUCCUGGACCACCUGGUCAAGGCCCUUCGGGAGAUGCAUCUGCUUCAGCUCACCGUCCCUGUGCUGCAGCUGGCCGUGCUCAUUGCCAAUGCUGUGGUAGACAGCAAGAGUCUCGCAGACCUCUACCAUCUGCGGCUUGCCCAUGUCUGUUCUGCCCUGAGGCUGAAGGAUGCAGCCGCCUUCCAUGAGGAGAUGGUGGGCCAGGCGUAUAUCGGUGAUGCUGAGCAGGCCAGCUGCAGGAAAGAAAUUGCGCUAAAGAAAGAGAAGAACAAGGAGCCUGUUUUGGAGGAGAACAUGCCCACCCUGCAAGAGCAGACAGCCCCCACCACCCCCACGGCCUCCACCACCGAGGCCAGGGUGCUUGUGGCUCAGGACAAGAUCCUGAAGGUGCAUGGCGAGCACAGGCGGGGCCUGGAUGGGCUGUGCUUCCCCCAGCUGUGGAUGAUGAAGGCUGAAGUCCUGCUGGAGAUGGCCCUGCUGCAGCCUGCACGGCUGCUCCUGUCCGAGGCUCACCUGGCUCUGCAGGAGCUUGGCGACCCUUGUGCAGAAGCCACAUGCCUGUUCCUCCUGGCACGCUUAGCCAGCAUGGAGCAGAACCAUGGGCAAGCCAGCAGGAUGCUUGAGAGGGCUCAACAGCUGGGUGGUGAUGAGGAGUUCUGGUACCAGUCCACCUUGGCCCUGGCAGACACUGUCCUGUCUUCGGCGGAUGGCAGAAGAAAAACCCACAUGAGAAACCCGUCGGGCAUGGUGGGCACUGUUUGCCACCUGUUUGAAAAACUCAUUGACACCAUCAACACACUCAAGUCAGAGAGACCCAACCGGAUGCCUCUCCUGGAGUUCAUGACCAUUGACCUGGAAGCCAGGUGUGUAAGCCUCCAGAUCCAGGAUGUCCUGGAAGCAGUGGACAGGGAGCCUCCCGGGGUCUUGGUCCUGCUGAACGAGAUGGAGCACCGCCUGCAGGACCUGGAGGAGCGCUUCCUCAGCUGCGGCUACAAGGAGAAGGGAGUGGAGAUCAGGCUGGAGCGAGCACGCGUGAAGAGGCUGUGUGCUGAGAGGGAGGAGGAUGAGCAGCGGAAGACGGAGUACCACCUGGCCGCCUUCCACCUGGUGCAGAGGGCCGUGGCAGAGGAGGAGGAAAUGUUCCACACUGUCCAGGGUCUACUGUCGCUGCAGGAGGUAAGUUGGGCGAGCAUGCCAGGCCGAGCCCGUACCUGUCAGUUGCAGAAUGUCAACACACCACUGAUGAGGAGGCUGGCAAGCCUCAAGCUCCGCCUGGUGGAGGUGUCACUGGACAUGCUGCAGCUCACCUGGGAGAAGGCACUGGAAAGGCAGCUGGAGCAGGGCUCACUGGACAAGCUCCUGGCCGACUACCUGCACUGUGACGGCGACUAUACCUGCAUCGACCUGCAAUGGAUCCUGCUGAAGCGGACCCUGGCACACACAGCACUGGUACAGCUAGAGAGUGCACUGCCGCUGUGCGUGGGCUGCGGGGACAUCCGCUCACAGCUCCUGGGCCUGGCCGGGAGGGCCCUGCACCUGCUGGCUGUGCAGGCAGACCCCAUGCAUCCCACCUGCUACUGGGAGGAGGCCUUGCAGGUCAGUGCUAAACUGAGCAGCCCGCGCUCUCUGGCGCCAGAAGUGAUGGGCGAAGUGACUGGAGACUCAAACAGGGACCUGCCAGCUUUCCGAACCGGUGCUGAGGAGCCCAGCCGGAGAGGCGAGACACUGAAGCGGAGGCUGGCGCUGGCCCAGCGGCUCCGGGCCCAAGCAUCUGAGCUACUGCUGCAGUGUCUGCAGGCUGCCCUGGGCAGUGGCCUCCUGGAUGUGGCAGCCACGGCCGGCCUGGAGAUGGUGGAGUGUGUCGGCACACUGGACCCUGUGUCCGCCUGCCAGUUCCUGGCGCUGUCUCAGAGCUGCUCCGCCUCAGAGACCAUGCGGGACAUCCUGCUGACAGCUGUGGCCAGCACCAGCAGCUCCCAGCUGGCAGCCCUGCUUCAACUGCACCACCAGCUGAGACAGGCUGACGGGGCCUCUGCCAACCUGCUGGCCAGUGUGGAGCAGAGGCUGGCAGCUGUCGCCAAGGCCUGGCAGAACCUCUGUGUCACUGAGCAGCAUUUCGGCCUCUUGAGCGAGAUCCCAUCCACCUUCCGGCUGCUGUUCUUGCAUCUCUCCCGGGAUAGGUCGCGUCUUUACGGGGCUGUCUACGAGAGGCCCAAGGCCCUUCCCGCUGCCAAGGGGAAAGCUGCACAAGUGGGCGGCCACUGCAAGGUGAUGAGGGUGGCCGUGAGCCCCGCCACCCUCUCCGAGCUCCUGGCCAGAGCCCGGCACUUCCAUGAACAGAGCCAGGCGCUCAGUGUAGAUUCGGCCCUGAGAGCCCACCUGGACCCCGUGCACACUGAAGACAGCCGGUGCACUGCGGCGCAGCUGGACACAGUGCUGAGGCCCAUGGAGGAGUACCUGAGGCCCCUGCUGCCCCUGCUCAGCAGCCUCGAGCUCAGGCUCCAGCCACCUGUGGCGGUGCCGGACUCAGGGAGGCUGAAAGGCAAGGACAGGGACAGGAAGAUGUCGACGCUGCAGACUCAGCCCGAGGCCGCGGAGCACCUGGUCCUGCUGGUGGACAGGCCGCUGCUGCAGCUGCCCCUGGAAGGCCUGCCAGCCCUGCGGGACGCAGCUGUGACCUCCGUGUCGCGGGACCUCUCACUGCACGUGCUGAGCAACCGCCUCCGCCUGGACGAGGCAGUGGAAGCAGGCGUGAAGAGAGAAGGCAAGAGCAAAGAUUUCAGAAAGAAAACCUCCUCUAAGAAGGGCACAAAGGCCAGUGUACACCGGGUCCUGCCCCCAGAAUGCAUCGCGGUCGACUCGGACACCUUCCAGUACGUGGUGGAUCCCUACGAGGAAGCCCAGGGCGUAGAAGCCCUAAGCCCUGUAUCCGUGACCCGGGAAAUCCUGGAGAGGUUCCAAGACUCACUGACAGCCAAGUGGACAGGACACCUGGGCAGGAAGCAAUUCCCCAGCCAGGCUGAGUGGGAGCAGGUGCUGGGCAGCUGCGGAGGCUUCCUGUUCUAUGGGAUGGAGUGCUUCCUGUCACACCUGUCUGUAGAGAGGCUGGUGGCCAUGAACCUGCAGGGGUGCCAGGUAAUGGUCUUGCUGGACCUGACCCAGUCCUCAGACAGCCUGCGGCGCCACACGGAGGCCUCGGAGAACAAGAGCGCGGCACAGCUGUCCCUGGAGGAGCCCGUGGAAACGGCCAUCCUCCUGAGCCUGGUGGGCGUCAAGAGCAUCCUGGCCAACCAGUGGCCGACCUCGCUGCAGGACAACGCGCUGCGGGCCAGGGCUCUGUGGGAAGGCCUGCUGGCCGGCAAGCCGCUGGGGAAGACGGUGCGUCUGCUGCAGGAGGCGGCCAGCAGCCCGAGGCCGAGCCCAGACGAAGCCCCCCGCACCUCCCGGGACAGGCUGAUGUUCCUCUGGCCGCAGCAGCCCGGCGCUGUGCUGCUCCCCACCGCCCUCAACCUGGUCCUGUACGGGCUGCCGCACCAGGUCAUCUGGUGA